GCCAAAGUACAGUUGAGUCCCACUUAUUUUUUUUAUUUAAGAGAGCUUUUAGAUUAGUGAAAAAAAGGAAUAGAACUGAAGUAAAAGCUCAGCCAUACACAAUUGAAAAAAAAACAGUGUCAGCUAAGCCAUUGUUAUCAGAGCUUAAGAAGAUGCCAAACACCAGGUUCUCCGGUUCUGUUUCGAGCCCCGAUGUGUCUGUUACCAUCGAUAUGGGGCACCCUUUUCUCAAUCACACCGUUGAUGGAUUUUUGAAGAUCGGAGCCAUUGCAGCUACCAGAGCUGUAGCUGAGGAUGUUUUCCAUGUCGUCAAGAAAGGGAGUAUUUCCAAGGGAAAUGUUGAGCACACUUUGAAGAAAAUGUGUAAAGAAGGAGCAUACUGGGGAACUGUAGCUGGAGUUUAUGUGGGAAUGGAUUAUGGUAUAGAGAGAGUCCGUGGCACUAGAGACUGGAAGAAUGCCAUGAUUGGAGGGGCACUAACAGGAGCUUUAGUAUCCAUAGCCACCAGUCAAGACAAGGACAAAAUUGUUAUUAAUGCCAUAACAGGAGGUGCUAUAGCAACUGCUUCAGAAUUUAUCAACUACCUCACCUGAAAUAUUGGAAGCCAUACGCUAUCCGGUCUUUAUGUUAUGAUUCUGAAGAACAAUGUUGUUAUUUUGUUUAAUUUUUCAGGUUCAACAAAAAUAAGUAGUGUGUUGAAUUCUGGAUGUUGAAUGUAAACAUUGUCGUAUCUGACCCAAUUUGAUAUCUAGAUAUUCUUCCCUGCAAAA